AUGGGUUCAACUGUGGAUACUCGAAAAGUAGAAGAUUCGAUGUCUCUGGUUGAGGCUUUGAAAGUAGAAAAUCUUCCCUGUGUUGAGGAAUCGUUGCUCGAAUGGGUCGUCUGCGCGAGUGAAAGUUUCAUAGGCGUCUGCUCGAUAGUCGACUGUUUCGACGUGAUUGGUCCUGAACUUGAUGGUUUAUCGGAUUUCACUGACAGUGUCUUUGAUGAAAACAUAACGGAAGAGUGUGUUGUAUUUACACGCGGAAGGUUCGUGGACGCUGUCGAUUCUAUUGUUCGCGUCUCCGAGGUGUUUAAUCUUCUGGUUGAUGAUUCAACGCUUUCUGUCCAGCGUUCAGACGUGGAAGGUGACUUGACCGUUGUAGAAAGAACAAAUGAGUGA